ACGGCUUCAGAAGGAGCGGAUAAUGGGACAAUGAAACUAAUCUUGUAGAAAAGCACAAUCAGCGGUCUCCUUUAUAAAUCUCAUCCCCUGCCACCUCGGGGGGAGCAGGGAGCAGCCACUCACAGCCCGGCCUCCCAUUCCACACGAGCGGAUGCAUCUUUCGCUGGGAAAGUACUUUCAUUUCACAUUCAAGGGCCAUUGUCAGAGGCUUAGAAACAAUCUCUGGAAGCUGGGAUGACACAGAGCAAAGUCGAUGUCAUGGCUGCCCAUCCCCCCACCCCCAUUUCUUGCCUAUUUCAAGUCACAGCAGUGCAGCUGAAGCACCGUUUAUGGAGAAUCUAGUUCACGGAAGCCUCUUGCUAGGACCGGGGGCCAAAGAUCGAGCCCCCGUUUCCGUCCUCCCAGAGCUCACAGGCCAGGGGGGUCACAGACACAGCUGAGCCACCCGCCCAAGCCCAGCUGCCCACCCGCACCUCCCGGCUGUUUGACCUUGAACAAGGACUUCACCUUCUGUUUCCUUGCAGGCGGCAGCCUCGGGUCUCCCGGAACCAUGGUGAAGUUGGGGAGCAAUUUCGCGGAGAAGGGCACCAAGCAGGUGCUGCUGGAGGAUGGCUUCGACACCAUCCCCCUGAUGACGCCCCUCGAUGUCAAUCAGCUGCAGUUCCCGCCCCCGGAUAAGGUGGUCGUGAAGACCAAGACCGAGUAUGAGCCUGACCGCAAGAAGGGCAAGGGGCGUGUGCACAAGAUCGCCGAGUUCACCGUCAGCAUCACCGAGGGCAUGUCGGAGCGGCUCAAGGUCUCCGUGCUGGUCUUCAUCGCCCUGGCCUUCCUCACCUGCGUCGUCUUCCUGGUCGUCUACAAGGUGUACAAGUACGAGCGCCUCUGCCCCGACGGCUUCGUCCUCAAGAACUCCCAGUGCAUCCCCAAUGGCCUGGCGGCGUACUACGCGGAGCAGGACCCCCACUCCCCGGACAAGUUCUACGCCGUCGUGAACCACUACAACCUGGCCAAGCAGAGCAUCACCCGCUCCGUGUCGCCCUGGAUGUCCGUGCUGUCGGAGGAGAAGCUGUCAGAGCAGGAGACGGAGGCGGCCGAGAAGUCGGCCUAGCGGGGCGGGCGGGCUCCGUGCAGGGCGCCGCCCGAAGGUGACAGAGG